ACCACACAAUAUGGGUGUAGUGAGGCACCCCUGUAAAACCACCGCUGGAGAGGGGGAAGAAAAUCAAUCGAACGAAGCCAUCCUCAAACUAGCCGUUACAUGGCUAGGUUGAGCUUAAAAGGCAAAAAAGAAAAAAGGGGGGGUUGUUUAAAGCGAAAUUUUCUUAGUAUACUUCCCCACUAGUGAGAGAUGUCCACCACUUCUCGCUUGGGGCAUGAGGGGCUGCAUCCCGAGCCUCAGGUAUCACCAGCGCCUAGGGGUGGGAACGAGGGGCAUUGGGAAUAGCUUUUUUCACUCUCCUGGGUGAAAUCGAGCCCAAGGGAGGAGGGCACAAUUUGCGCACUGGUCCCCGGGGCAGCGGGCUGGGCGGGGAAGGUCGAGUUUGACCGCCGCGACUGGCCCCGAAAAGACCCCGCCCCAGUGGGCGGAGACAAGGCAGGACCAGCACGUGUAAAAGGUUCGGCGCGGGUCGCCUAGAGCUACUCACUCACCUGAGCGCCUGGCCGCUACGCGAAUUACCUCUGCGUUCUUGCCCCAUGUCCCGCCGCAAGGCCGGCCGCGUGCCUCGCCGCGUAGACCCGGAGCCCGACGACGACCUGGAGAUGCCUGAUCUCAUCAUUGAUGUGAAACCGGACUGCGACCUGGGGUCCUUGGCACAAGGGCCCUGGUCCGCGAGGGACGUGCCCAUGCCGGGGCUCUUCGAUGUGGAGCGUCGCCUCCAAACCGCCUCGCGCCCACUUGGCGCGUCCAGCACGUGUGCCCCGUGGAUGCCUCUGAGUUCUAUGUCUUCCGACCGCCAGCCCUGGACCGACAAGCACCCAGAUCUGUUGACCUGCGGCCGCUGCGGGAAGAUCUUCCCAUUAGGGUCCAUCACCGCUUUUAUGGAUCACAAAAAGCAAGGCUGUCAGCUCCGUCAAAUCUCCGACCCCAUCUCAGAAUCCAAAGAUCUGAAGGCUCUGAGCUGCCUCCAGUGUGGCAGACAGUACACCAGUGCUUGGAAGUUGCUAUGCCACGCCCAGUGGGACCACGGUCUAUGCAUCUACCAGACACAACAAUUGGAGACCCCAGAGGCUCCGCUGCUGGGCCUGGCUGAGGUGGCUGCAGCCAUGUCAGCAGUGGCAGUGGUGGGGCCAGUUGAGGACAAGCCCCCUUCAGUGAGUAGCGCUGCCCGGCGGAGCCCUACCUGCUUCGUAUGUAAGAAGACCCUCAGCUCUUUCAGCAACCUCAAGGUCCACAUGCGUUCCCACACUGGUGAGCGACCCUACUCCUGUGACCAGUGUUCCUAUUCCUGCGCUCAGAGCAGCAAGCUGAACAGACAUAAGAAGACCCAUCGGCAGCCAACGCCUGGGAGCCCCUCCACUUCUGCCAGUAGCCGCGAAGUCUCCCCAGCAGCCCCUCCUGAACCAGCAGCCUAUGCAGCUGCUCCAGCCAGCACUCCCCCAUGCCAGAAUGUGGAGAAGGCUGGAGCUGCCGCCACAGCAGGAAUUCAGGAACCUGGUGCCCCUGGCAGUGGGGCUCAAGAGAGUCCAGGUUUUGGUGGCUGUGGAGCCACUGCCAAAGUAGAGAGGACUGACUCUGUAAAGAUAGAGAAGAUAACACCCAGGAAGAGUCACCGGGCUGGGGGCAAGUGUGAGUUCUGCGGGAAGUCCUUCACCAACAGCAGCAACCUCACGGUGCAUCGGCGAUCGCACACUGGCGAGCGGCCCUAUACCUGUGACCAGUGUUCCUACGCUUGUGCCCAGAGCAGCAAGCUCAACCGCCACCGCCGCACACAUGGGCUGGGGACUGGCAAGACUGUGUACAAGUGCCCGCACUGCCUCGUACCCUUUGUCCUGCAGGCCACGCUGGACAAGCACCUGAGGCAGAAGCACCCGGAGAUGGCCUGAGAAAUGUUCUGUACAGACAGGUGUUCCUCAUCAAGAGGACACGGCCAGCACUUAGCCAUUCUUUUGUGUAAAUAAACCAUCUCC